AUGGCCUCCACCACAAUCUUUCGCUUCGUCGCGUUGUCCGCUGCUUUGGGCCAGGCAACUGCUACCUUCAAUCUCAAUACUUCUGGUCCUAGUUGGGCCUAUACAACCAAGGACCUAGCAAACACGACGUCACAAACUUGCAAGGACGCCUACAGCGCCAGUAUCAACUGCGAUGAAACCCUCCUCAAGAUCGUGGGCUCUAUGGAUCCUGACUUCGAUCCGCAAGCCUCGGACUUGCAGGCUAUGUGCACCAUGACAUGCAGUGAUUCAUUGACCCAGUAUGUCAAGAACGUCAAGGCUGCAUGCAACAAGGAUGGCGACCUAGCUGGCAUUGCCAGCGGGAAUAAAUAUGUCUAUCAGGCUCCCGUUGCCACUGUGGGCGAGGUUUUCCAGUACAACUACGUCAAAUCUUGUGCCAAGAGCGGGUCUGAUUACUGCUUCUUGACCUAUCCCGCGAGCGACGAUUGGGCCAAAACCGACUUCCCAUGUAGCGACGAGUGUGCUGUCAAGUUUUUCCAAAACGCACACAACCAACCUGGCUCGGCCUAUUCCUUUAACUACUUUGCUCUUGGAAACCAAUCAUCAUACUGGGAGGAGACAUAUGCCGGUGGUUGGGAAACUGUGGUUCAAUGCGGUGAUGGUGGAAGCGAUGCAAGCUCCGUUAGCACGAGCGCAAGUUCCACAACGAGCGGUAUCGUUGACAUUUCAUCUUCAACUAGCUCAAUCAACAACAAGGCGGCGGUUUCUACGACCUCAACACCAACUGCAGUGACGACAACCCCCGUGCCGGCUCGUUCUACCUCUGAGGCUACCUCAACUACAGCCACCAGUGGCGCUUCGAGGCUCAGAGCCUCAUUUUUGUUUUUUUAA